UCCAGGAUCUGCCCUGAACCCACGGAGCACAUACCUCAAACUGUGAAUCAGAAUAGAAUGGCAAAGUCCAAAGAGAACGUCCAGAUUCAUGCCAGGAUUGUUUGCACAUCUUUAAAAGUCAAUUCAAUUGAUUCAGAUACUUGAACUUUGGAAAAGUCCCACAUUAAUUAUUUACAGGCUGAAAAAUAGAGCUUAAAAAGAGUGGGAUGUGAGAAGAGACUUAUCCUGCGGGGUCUGCAAAAUGUCUGGAAAACCAGUCUGUGUUGGUGAUUUUGAACAAUACGCCAAGAGAGUUCUUCCAAAAGCAGUGUACGACUAUUACCGAUCAGGAGCAGACAAUCAACAAACAUUAGCAGAUAAUGUAGCAGCAUUUUCAAGAUUGAGGCUGUACCCACGGAUGCUCAGGGAUGUGUCUGUUAUGGACCUGUCCACCUCUGUCUUCGGGCAGAAAAUCAGCAUGCCAAUAUGUGUCGGAGCAACUGCCAUGCAGUGCAUGGCUCACGUGGAUGGAGAAACAGCUACCGCCAGAGCUUGCAGGUCGCUGGGGACAGGGAUGAUGCUCAGCUCCUGGGCCACCUCCACCAUCGAAGAAGUUGCCCAGGCGGCUCCUGAUGGCCUUCACUGGCUACAGCUUUAUAUCUACAAGGACCGGGAGGUCACCAGGUCACUCGUGCAGCGUGCUGAGAGAGCAGGCUACAAAGGAAUCUUUGUGACGGUGGACACGCCGCUCCUUGGCAAGCGCUUUGAUGACGUACGCAACAAAUUCCAGCUCCCCCCGCACCUCAGAAUGAAAAAUUUCAACACCGACACUUUGGCAUUUUCCUCCGAGAAAGGCUACGGUGAAAAUAGUGGACUGGCUGUUUAUGUGGCCCAAGCGAUUGAUCCGUCCAUCAAGUGGGAGGAUAUUAAAUGGCUCAGAGGACUAACAUCUCUGCCGAUCGUCGCUAAAGGAAUUCUCCGAGCUGAUGAUGCUAGAGAAGCUGUGAAGCAUGGUCUAAAUGGAAUCCUGGUGUCCAACCAUGGUGCGCGCCAACUGGAUGGUGUGCCAGCAACUAUUGAUGUCUUGCCGGAAAUUGUUGAGGCUGUGGAAGGGAAGGUAGAGGUGUUCCUGGAUGGCGGAGUGAGAAAAGGCACGGAUGUUCUCAAGGCAUUAGCUCUUGGUGCCACAGCAGUGUUCAUUGGAAGACCUAUCAUCUGGGGGUUGGUUUAUCAGGGUGAAGAAGGGGCAAAAGAAGUUCUCCAGAUGCUGAAGGAAGAAUUCCAGCUAGCAAUGGCACUUUCUGGAUGCCGGAGUGUGAAAGAGAUUGACACGACAUUGGUACGAAGAACUUCCUCUGCUGUGUCCAAGAUUUAGCACAAAAAAGGUGUGGCUCUGGACAAAACCACCCUAUUCACUGUGGCCAGAUUGUUCUGUUUGGGCCCCGUCAUGAAACCCUUACUUAGGAGAGUAGCCCGAUUGGUUUAUAGGGGGCUACUUCUGAAAGAAGUACAUGGGCCAGGUUUUCCUCAGUGCUCAGUAGCCCACACUAGCCCCUUAAAAGGAGCAGAGCACUUGUGAAAAUCUGGCCCCUGGUGCGAAUAAGGAUGGCAAGAGUGGGCCCUAAUUCUCUCCCAGUGCACGCAAUUGUAGUUGUUGUCCAGCUAACCAGAAACUGCUAACUUUUCAAUAUGUGUACAGAUGCGAAGAACUUUUCUCAGAUGUUAACAUGCAUGUCUGGAAGUAGCUUAGCUGUUAAAACGAAACUAUAAACAGAAAUGUUUUGAUAGCAAACAACUACCAAAAUAUCAAAGUUUAAAGGAUACCUCUUGUUCACUGUUUAUAGAAGCUACACUUCAGAUUGUCCAGAUUAAAUAUUCCUUUCGUAUCAACAUGGCAUUGUUUCCCCUAGCAACUACAUGACUGUGUAAACAGCGUAGGCUGGGAGCUGUGUAAGUAUCUUGGCGGCUUUUGAGAUGCAAGGGAUUGUACAGCCAAUCCGGAGUUUGGAGGUUCACAGUCUUAACUGACACAGAUCUCUUUGCACUUAAAUUAUAAUAAUAUAAGAAUACCGACCAUAAGCCAGAUCCUCAGCUGGUAGAAAUCCAUGUAGUCCGAGUGACUUGAACACCAGCUGGAGUUCUGCUAUAUUUUUACCUUAAAAAAAUUAACAUUGGUUUAGAUGAUUUCUUGGACAAAUUUCACUUCCCUGAAGUAUAAAUACAAAAUAAUAGUAAUGAUGCAGGAAGUGCUGAGUAUGAUGUCAGCCACACAUCUUAAAGCAUUUCGCACGAGAAGGGUAUCUAUCCAUUAUUCUACAGAUGGGGAAACUGACAUGCAGAAAGGUAAUAUGUAAACUGCUAAGAAAGUAAGUAAAAUUGAAUGUGUCUCUCUUAUUUCCAUUGUAUGAAGAAGGCCUGGACAUGCGUUUCUGGUUUUUUGGCUUGAUAUUUAAUUUAGGAAUAUUAGCGCUGACAAGUAUUCAUUUUGCUGGAGGUCCUCAAGCUGUGUACUGGGAAUUUUUACACCUCAGAGAAAGCAGGAGGAGAGUGCUUAGAUAAUAUGCUAGUGCUCCAGCCUAGCAGUCAUAAAUUGGCUGAUAUUUCCUAUAGGCGUAUAAAUGGCACUCUGCAACCGUUGGGACAAAUCACGUUCCAUUGACCCUAGUCCCGUUAAGCUCAAUGUGGCUCCUUGCGCGAGUAAGGAGAGCAGGAUUUGACUUAUCAAGGACUUCAUUGAAGUAAAUGAAAAUACUCCUGUUGACUUUAAUGGCCUUUGGAUUGGGUCCCCAAGAGGCUAAUUCUUCCAACCCUUGCUUACAUAAGUAGUCCUUUUUCAAAUGACUAGUCCCAUUGUUCACGUGAGGGCCAUAGCUAUUUAUGAACAAGUGCAGAGUCCUGUACUUAGGACGGAAGAUUCCCAUGCACCGCCACAGACUAGGGACCAAGUGGGUAGGCAGAAGUUCUGCAGAAAAGGACCUAGGGGUUACAGUGGACGAGAAGCUGGAUAUAAGUCAACAGUGUGCCCUUGUUGCCAAGAAGCCUAACAGCAUUUUGGGCUGUAUAAAUAGGAGCAUUGCCAGCAGAUCGAGGGAUGUGAUCAUUCCCCUCUAUUCGGCAUUGGUGAGGCCUGAUCUGGAGUAGUGUGUUCAGUUUUGGGCCCCACACUACAAGAAGGAUGUGGAAAAAUUGGAAAGAGUCCAGCGGAGGGCAACAAAAAUUAUUAGGGGGCUGGAGCAAAUGACUUAUGAGGAGAGGCUGAGGGAACUGGGAUUAUUUAGUCUGCAGAAGAGAAGAAUGAGGGGGGAUUUGAUAGCUGCUUUCAACUACCUGAAAGGGGAUUCCAAAGAGGAUGGAUCUAGACUGUUCUCAGUGGUAGCAGAUAACAGAACAAGGAGUAAUGGUCUCUAGUUGCAGUUGGGGAGGUUUAGGCUGGAUAUUAGGAAAAACUUUUUCACUAGGAGCGUGGUGAAGCACUGGAAUGGGUUUCCUAGGAAGGUGGUGGAAUCUCCAUCCUUAGAGGUUUUUAAGGUCAGGCUUGACAAAGCCCUCGCUGGGAUGAUUUAGUUGGGGAUUGGUCCUGCUUUGAGUAGGGAGUUGGACUAGAUGACCUCCUGAGGUCCCUUCCAACCCUGAUAUUCUAUGAUUCUAUGGCUUGAUCUUCCAAAGCUUUACUUACAUGUGUAUUUCAAUCAAAUAAGAACUACUUGUGUACUUGAAGGAUUGAUAGCCCUUAGAUCGAACACCAUCUGAGGCAGGACCAUAAGUAUUAUUGACACUAUUUGGUAUGAGGAAACUAAGACAAGGAACUUGGUCCUGUAUGCCUUGAGCAAACUAGACUUCUCAGGAGACGGGAAUGAAAAUUUAGCCUAGGUACAAAAUAUGAGAAUGGGCACAGCAGUGUUAAGUGAUCUCCCCCAAUCCAUACAGGCAGUCAAGUUAAGAAUCUAGUAGUCUCUUUCAGCCUAAAACCAAGUCGGCUCUUGAUAUCUCACCUCUCAAGUGAACACGAAAUACCAGGACUAGAGUUUUGUAAAGUGAUCCCUGUUGACCUAACUCCACUCCCUUUGAAGUCAAUGGUACCGUCAGUUGGAGCGAAGGUAAAUCAGUGCAGAAUGCUUUGGAAAAGCCUGCCCUAGAAAUCUAGUGAUACUUUUAAAAAAAAAAAAAAACAGGAGGUAGGGCUCUAUCCCAUUGUUCUGCAUUCAUUGAAGUCCUGGGGCAUUUUGCCAUUGAUAUAAAUGGGUGUAGGCUCAGACCCAUAGCCAUUUUUCUCCCAUCAAUCACAUAGGAAUGAUGCAUCUUCAUCCCCCCGAUCCUCCUUCCCCAACUUCCCUUAUGCACUAUUUGAAAUACCCCGGAUUGAGCUUCACUCAUUGGGUCAUUUUUUGCCGAAAGCUUGAGUUUGCAAAAAGUUUUAGAAUAAAAUGAUGGAAUAUUACAGCAUGAACAUAAGUUGGGACUUGAACUCAAAGUGUGGGGGAAGGGAGGAAACAAAAGGCCACACGCUACCCUUCAGUUGUAAAAUUCUUACUCGUAUUUACUGCCGAGUGUAUUAUGUUGCAUGACGGUUGCACAGCAACAAAAUAAAGUUUAUCCGUUGAAGGAAAUAUGAGUGUUUCUCAGAGCAUAAGGAAGCAUAAUUUCGACUGUUUACUGCACUUAUCAUAUGUGUUGCAAUGUGGACUGUGUCAGAUGUCAAUUACAGAGCAAUUUCAGAAAGACUGUUUAUUUUAGAUAAUAUAAAUGUUACUCAAAAGAUAGGGGCAUAGUAUCUUAUGUUUACAUGUUUAAGAUCUAUUUCUAAAGUUUAGAAGAUGCAGUUUCCUGUCCUUAACCUAACUUAAUUUGAGGAAGGUUCCGUAGUGUUGUGGCCCAGAGUAAAUUUUGAUGGUGAGGAAAUAGACUUUAUUCGUUGGGUUUAAUUAACCAUUUCUAGGUUACUGCUCCGAUGGGAUAAUGAACUUGCUCUGCUUAUCUCCUAACUGACUGACUCUCCAAGUUCAAAGCUGAUAAGCCCUCUUCAUAAAGAGUGAUUUCAGAGCCAAAUGUUAAAAGGCUGCAGGAUGAAGUUAAUGCAUUUGCCUUAAAUCUUUCAUUUUUUUAAAAACUUUCAUGGUGAAGUGGAAUUUCCCUGGAUCUUGUGACAGACUAACAAUGUUGUUUGUGAAAAUUAAUGUGAAAAGACAGGUGUUUUGUAUCUGGUUUUUGAUUAUGGGGUGGGAAAGCAGGGGUUGGCUCAAUAGAUCACAGAGGAGCACGCAGAUUUAUAAAUACCCACACAAAUCCCCCCAAGACUCGUCCCACCAAAAUAAAAACAACUUACAUUGCAUACCCAAUUUCCCCCCUGGGGCUAGGAUGAGUGAGAACGAGCCACAUGCGACAGAUGUUAGUGUGAGAGAAUGUACCCCUGUAUUCACAACUUACACACUAUUGUAAUAAUCUUUGUACAAAGUAUGCCAUGUAUGUAUGUAUCAUUUGAAAAUUUGUCGUUUACUGAUCAGUAUCAUCCUGAUAAAAUGUGUGGUAUCGUAUGUUAAGAUUAGAUUUCCCUGUAUAAUGAUGAUAACAUAUGCUCCAAACCACAGCCCUAACUAAGCAGGAGUUGGCAGACAGGUCUGUCUCAAACAAAGAUAUGUGUGCUCUGCUUGAUUUGCAUUUAAGCAGUAAACAGAGUCAUCAAGCAGGAAAGGAAACCCGGUGAAGAAAAAGCAGCAGGGAACAUCCUUCCCCAUAGACUUUUUGUCUCCUGGUACCCAAGAGGGGCAUGGAAACUAUAAAAAGGAGGGACAAACACCCCAAGGCAACCAUCUCUCUUCCUCUGCCCAUAUUAUUCUCUACAUCUGAAGCAACAAAGGAAGACUUCAUUGGAUUCUGGGAGAAGAGGUCCUGAUCUAUAGGGUUUGGUCAGUAAGACUGCUGAACACAUAUGGUGAGAAAUUUUGCUUAAAUCUGAUACAGUUUAAGUUAGGCACUAAUAGCAUUUUAACUUUAUUUCCUUCUAACCAUUUCUGAUUUUCAUGCCUCGUUUCUUGUACUCCCUUAAAAAUCUUUUUCUUUGUAGUUAAUAAACUUGCCUUAUCUAA